AUGGUUCAUAUUAAUAGAUUUCUUGCAUAUUUCUUUUUUAUCUUUUUCUCUAUAUCGGGUUCUUAUGGAUGGAUGUCAUCUGGCUUGAUGUUCGAUCAGGAAGAACGAUUCAAUGAACAUUUCAUUAAUGACCGGAUCGAGCAAGAACAAGAUGAUGAUGAGGAGGAUGCAAUGAAAGAUGAUCAAGAAAUCGACUCCGAAUGUUUCGAACUACAACAUAUAAAGUUUGUUAAAGUAUACUUACAACAAUUGAUUGAAUAUAAAACUUCUAAAUUUAAAUUGUCUAAUGCGUUCAAGAGACAAUCGUCGUCGACAGAGGUUCUCGAGAAAGAGAAUGCGAGGUCGUUUGCAAUAUCACUACAGCGGAUGUCGCUGCACCCGCUCAGAUCGAGCACUUCAAGUUCAUCUUUGGAGUCUUCGAUUGUGACUUGUUCGAUCGAUAUCGAUUCCUGUGAUACGGUAGAGUGUUUAACAAUGUACAGAUAUUAA